UCACAUUUCUUUCGGGAAAGCAGAAAAAAAUCUAUUACCCAUGAGGCCAUGAUACUUUCCACUUUGACGAAGCGAAAUUGUUAAUUCCUCCCUUCCAGUAUAUAGCUCGCUCGCUCACACUCGGAGCUCGUAACAAAGUCAUCACUCAUCAUCACAUGAGCUUGCUUGUGACUGCCAGCUUUGCCCAGUGUUCAUCGCCCAUGGAAGAGCGGGUACUGUUCCCGGUGUCCGAUUCCAGCACCACCUGCAGCAGCUCUGGCUGUACCGGCCCCAACUCCCCUGUCUCGUCAUCGCAGUAUUUGGACGACACCAGCGGCGGCGCUAGCAGCUCGAGCAGCCGGAAGCGGCCGCGCCGGGAGCUGAAGCAUCCAACGUACCGCGGCGUGCGCAUGCGUGCGUGGGGCAAGUGGGUGUCCGAGAUCCGGGAGCCCCGCAAGAAGUCGCGCAUCUGGCUGGGCACCUUCGACACCCCCGAGAUGGCCGCGCGCGCGCAUGACGUCGCGGCGCUCGCCAUCAAGGGCCGCGCCGCGCACCUCAACUUCCCGGAGAUGUCCCACGAGCUGCCUCGCGCCGCAUCGGCGGCCCCCGAGGACGUGCGUGCCGCGGCGGCGCUCGCGGCUGCGAUGGAGAUGGAGAGCGUGGCGCCGCCCACUUCUAGCGAGUCUCGCGACGGCGCCUGCAAAAAUGACGAAAACGAAGGGCCGGCCGCAUCUAGCUCGUCCGGCAACAACGCCGACAAUGCCCAGAACGAAGAGCGGGCUGCGCCGUCUGACCAUUCGAUGCUGGCUGACGGUGACGGGCACAUCCUUAAUCUCGCGGUCUUCGAGCUGCCGGACAUCCUACUCGAGUUCGGCUUCGCGCUGCCGCUGCCGCCGCCGUCGACGUCUUGUAGCUAUGAUUUGUCCUGGGACGAGCCGUUGCUGCUCUGGGAGCACUGACGAGCAAGAGGGGGCAACGUGACAUGCAUACCAAUGUGAAGUUAGAUAGGUGCAGCUGAUGAUCCCAUACAUGCAUACUUUUACUAAUCAGCAUUGAUUCGUUCGCUGCUCCUGUGUCAAUCCUGAUGCUAACUUAUAGAUGUCAGAGUGCAACAUGGUAGCAACUAGCAAGUACAUAGUUUAUCGAUUCACAGUUUGUAACAGCCCAAUAAACAUCGUCAGCCGUAAAUUUUCCAGCUUGUAAUCAAGAUCCAGGACUUGCAAUCCAUGACAUUGACAUUUACU